AUGGCCGGUGCAGGCUUACGGCGCCAGAACACCUCAGACCUUCUAGACCGGAAGAAGUCGGAGAACAGAGAACAAGUCGACAAGCUGCUACAAGCCGACCUUGACGACGAUGAGGCCCAUGACACCGAUGGUAUGGUUUCCGGCGGCGAACAAGAAGAGGACCUCCUCGCCGAGUACGAGCCGUUUUUUCCCGGGGAUCCUGAUGUUGAAAUGCCUCUACUUGGAGACGAUGGGCUUGGGCUUGACCGUGGAACUGGAGAGGAGAUUGCGGCGCCCAGGAGGAGGCUCAAAAGGAAGACUCGACCUGAUGAGCUCGAAGGACCUGAUGAAGAGCAACAUUCCCUCCUGGUGUGCACUCUGCCAUGCCGCACCCAGUGGGAGGAGCACCUCGACUACGACGCCCUGCAGCCUUUGUCAGUCGAGGACUCAGACAGGGUUCGAGAGACGGUGGAUGCCUCACGCAUACUUCGAUGCCGAUGGGCGUACAAAGACAAGAAUUGGCCCAAGAGAAAAGGGGCCAUUGAAGACGGCAAGCCGGACGACAUCCCCUGGCGGCGCAAGUCGCGGUUGGUCAUUGCUGGACACUCUGACCCGGACCUCGGUGCGCUCGCCAACGGCUUGUCUAAGGAAGAUCCUUGGAUCGACCUCACCCCCGAGGACAAGGAAGCCGGAGUCCAACGAGAACUCCCACAUUCUCAGCGAGAAGUUCGCAAAGCUCGAAGGGCAAACUCGAAGGUGUGGCCUCCCAAACUGGAGGACUUAUCCUUUUCGCUGAUCGACGAUGUCUCCGAGGGCGCCGGAGUCCGGUCUCAAUCGUGGACUGGAAAUCUCGUGCUGGACAAAGAGUUUGCCGGAGCACUUUUGGAGCUGAGGCCCAAGCACGCGCAGAAGGGCUAG